AUGUUACACUACUCGCACGAAGACUUUCAAGGCGGUCACCAAGGAAUCAACAGGACGUUUGAGCGAUUACGUUCAGAGUUCUACUGCAUCGGGAUGUACGCUGAUGUACAGAAGUUUGUGAGAGAAUGUGUGGAUUGCGCGUCAGCCAAGGGACGACCACCGGUUCUCGGUCCGUCACCUGGUAAUAUCGAACAGAGAUACCCGUUCGAGGUGGUCUCUCUGGACUUUGUCACUGAGCUACCUGAGUCCGAUCGUGGAAAUACCUACUUGUUGCUGUUCCAAGAUCAAUUCUCAGGAUACGUCAUGUGUAAACCCAUGCGGAAUACCGAAGCCCAAGAUGUUGCUGAGGCAUACGAAGAGUGCGUACUCAGGAGAUUUGGGGCGAGUUCAAUGAUCAGACAUGAUCAGGACCCCCGUUUCAUGAGUAAAGUCUUCGCUAGGUUCAGAGACCUCCUGAAGAGCAAGCAGCGCACGACGCUAGGAUACCGGCCUCAGGCCAACGGACAGCAAGAACGCUCAGUCCAAACGGUAAUGCGAAGUGUCAGAGCGUAUGUCGCUGAAGUUGACCAGGGUGACUGGGACGAGAAUGCAGAACAUCUCGUGUUCGCUUUGAAUACCUCGUUCGACGCAGCAAGGCUGGACACUCCGUUUUACCUGGUCCAUGGUUGGGACGCCCAGGGAACCAUAUCCGCAAUGCUGGGCCCGAAGCCAUCCACAGUCCAAGAACGAACGGCCUUGGAGUGGCCCGGUGACUCUGUGUGGUUGUACAUUCCCAAAGUUCGCACAGGAUUGAGUCGCAAGUUAGCUCACCUGUGGCACGGACCCUUCCGAAUCGAUGAAAUUCACGAUGACUUCAGGGUCAAGUUCAAGAUCCCAGGCACAGGUUACCGCGUGAUCCCGUGGGUCCAUAUUAGGCGCCUCAAACCGAGAGCUCUGUUCCCUAAACGACCGACCUCAGAGAUACAAGUCUCAGAAGAUGAUGAUUUCGACGCAGCUUUGCUACCCGAGGAUAGUUGGGAGCCAGAUGCUGCCCAAGAUGAGUAUGAAGUUGAAGCGAUCCUGGAUCUUAGUGGAAAAACUACCCAGAUCCAGAGUGGAUACCUCUAG